AUGACCAUCGGACGAAAGCCACGCGUUGUUUCCCUCGGGGAGCCUGCAUUCGUUGGCAGUGAAUACCUUGCUCAAUUCAAGACUGAGUUUGACUACUCCGUUCUACCUGCAACGAAUCGCGAGGAAACCCAGACAUUGCUACCAAAAGACAUCACGGAAAAUGGGCCAAUAGACGCGUUUAUCAUUCGUAUGGGGACACCACCAUACGAGCCAUUCGAUGAGGAUUUGCUUCGAGCACUAGCACCAGGGUGCAAGAUUAUCACUUCCGCUAGUGCAGGAUACAACGAGUUUGAUGUGGACUGGAUGGCCAGUCAGGAAAUUGUAUUUUGCAACACCGUGAAUGCCGUCGCUGAGGCUACGGCAGACAUGGCUAUAUUUCUGAUACUUGCUGUUCUGAGGAACACCACCAAUGCCGAACAGAGUGCACGGAGUGGCAUGUGGAGGAAGGGCGCGAACUUAGUCCCCACGUGUGAUCCAUCCGGAUUGACUCUUGGUAUUGUUGGUAUGGGGGCUAUUGGAAAGUAUCUUGCUAAAAAAGCCGCUGUCUUCAACAUGAAGAUUAAGUACUACAAUCGACGCCAAUUGCCAGCCGCUGAAGAAACGGCCUACGGGGCAACAUAUUGCCCGUCUCUGCAUGAACUUCUUCUCGAAUCAGAUGUCGUCUCCCUGAAUUGCCCUCUGAAUGCGGCAACUACAAACCUAAUCAGCGAAGCUGAGUUCUCUGCCAUGAAAGACGGUGUAUUCCUCGUUAACACGGCCAGAGGAGCGGUGAUUGACGAGGAAGCUCUCAUUGCGGCACUUGAGUCAGGCAAGGUACAGCGUGCUGGACUUGAUGUGUUUGUGAACGAGCCGAGCCCGAACCCCUACUUCCUACAAAGUGAUAAAGUCGUUUUGCAGCCCCAUUUGGGUGGUCUGACCGAGAAAGCGUUCCAAAAGGCCGAAAGGGAAUGCUUUGAGAAUAUUCGUGCGUUCUUUAAGACAGGGAAGGCCAACUCGCCGGUGAAUAUCAAAGCAUAA